UACAACCAUAGUUAUUUUCAAUGUAUGUCUAGUAUAGAACACAUUAUCUCCAUGUCUUGGCUUUCUUUUACCCAACAGAAUAAGUCAUUCACCCAGUCAUACAAACUCCCAUGUGUCUCUUUAGGGGCUAUCCCGCAUUUGCAAGUGUGUGUGAGUCACAGUGGACGUUUUGAAUGGAUACUCAGUGACUCUUGAAUGCAUGAUUGAUUGACAUCCAGUCCACAAAACCCUUCUCUGUAUGCCAGCACAAUAUAAGCUCUGUAUGACCUAACAAGCCGUGGGCAAGUGAGUAGAGCAGAGGUCAAUAUCAUUUGAGCUGAAGUUAGCUGGUUAAUCAGGGGAAAGCCUGGCCCAUCUCAGCAUCUUCAUGUAAGUAGAAUAAUUGGCAGAGACAUUUGCCUCUUUGGUGAGUUCCUGAACUGGUACUAGAGCAGGACCAACUGGAAAUGUAAUGGCCGAUACCGGAGCCCUGGGAAGUCCCAGGGAUAGGCCUAUAGAUACUAUUUAUUCUUUAGAGCAUCUAUUUUUGCAGUAGCUGUCAGAUCAUGCAGGAAACCUAACUAGGAUAUUCCAAAAAAAAACAUGGCUGCUUUAAACACACUGCAGCUUUAAACUGUUGUGUGUUGCAAUGAUAUCACUGCACGUAAACACAAUGCUACCCAUUUGUCUGCCCAUGUCUAAUAGGCCAAACAUCCUUAGAAAGGGAUCACAGAGUGACCCAGUGAACUGGACAAAUUAAAAUGUGAUGUGCACACAGCCUACCCUAAAGAAGCGUUCUCUCUGGCUUGGCCCACACUACAUGAGCCCUGAAUUUACCCAGAAUCCCACACAUGGCAUAUGCUGUGUCCUGAGCUAAGUUGUCCCUCCAUGUCACAAUUGCCUUCAAUGCACAGAUGGACCCCCUAGACCAGCUGGGUCCAGCAGCUGCCAAGGGCAACACUGAAACAAUGUUGAGAGAUCCACAGAGAGAGAAUAACACUAGCAUGGUCACAGCUGUCAUUUCAUACAUUCCAAACAUAACAUCCAGGUCCACUGCAUGGACAAAAUACUCAUUUUGACACCUCCAAAGUAAAAUGCUGACGGCUGAAUCCGAUGGGGGAACAGUGUGGCAGUAGCCUACUAUAUGAAGAAUUCAUCCUAUGUGACAAACUUUAUUCAUUUGUCCUUAAUAAUUCAUAACCCAUGUGCUCCUUUGUCGGAGCUGCUGACUAAACCCAGUGACGAGACCGGAUGAUUCCGGCCCGGCAGACAAGCCCAGUGUCAUAGCCCGCGAAUGGUGAUUUCCCCGCAUUGACUCGUGAGUUCUGGCGGAAGAGUGAAAGGGGGAGGGCUAGCGACUCUCUCCGGUUUCAGCUGGUGACGUCCCACUCGCUGAACUAACCACUGAGUUGACUGUAUUUAAAUUUUGGAUCACAAAGAGGGGACCUCGCGAGGGUACUUCCAACUGGCAGAUUUUCUUUUUUCUUUUACUAUAUAUAUAGUAAACGUAUUUUUAGAAGAAACACAACUAUGAUUACAUCCAGCAAAUGAUUUAACCCCUUCAAUCCACCAAAUCAGAUCAUAUGUUUAUAGAAGAAUAUCUUGAAGAUGAUGAGGAACCACCUCUGCUGUUCAGCUCCUUUCCUUCUUUUCCUGCUGGGUCUAUGGGGGGCGCUGGCAGCACAGUGUGGCGAGGGCGAGGGCGAGGGCUGCGUGUGUCAGCAGUGCCCAGCAGGAGAAGAGCCCACCAAGGCUUGUGUGGAAGUUGAGGGACCUGUGGUGGUGGGGUGCCAAGCCUGCCCGGCGGGCACCUUUUCCAACACCCACAACGCCAAUCAGUGUCGCCCCCACAGCUCCUGUUGGUUUCUUCACCGAAAGGUGGUGGCUCUCGGCACCUCAGCCACGGACACGGUGUGUGGAGGCUGCCUGCCUGGGUUCCACCCAGCUGCAGCACAGAGGGCCUCCACCCUGUAUGCCUGUGCGAGGAAGGUGGCAGAGCGGCUGGUGCGUGUGCCGCGGACGGUGGGGAAGAGCUCCACCCGGGGCUCGGGCAUGGCGGCAGCGAACGCCACCAACGUGCGUGGCCCGGAGGAGAAGACCACGGAAUACGCGGUGUUCGCGCUGGUGCCCAUCUUCUGCAUCAUGGGCCUGCUGGGGAUCCUCAUCUGCAACCUCCUGAAGAAGAAGGGUUACCGAUGCACUGCCGACAAGGAGGGCGGCAACGAGGAGACUGCCACACCCCAGAAAGAAAGUAAUGCCUGUCCCUACAUUGUAGAUGACCCUAAUGAGGACACCAUCAGUGUUCUGGUGCGCCUCAUCACAGAGAAGAAAGAAAAUGCUGCUGCCUUGGAGGAGCUUCUGCUGGAGUAUGAGAGCAAGCAGAUGGCUGUCAACAAGGCCUCAUCCAUCAAGUUCGCUGGGCUUCCUAACCUGGCUCAGUUCCACUCUCUUCCACAGAUGUGUCCUCAUCAGCACCUGCACACUAUAAACGGACUGGCCCCGCGCUCCGGGACCUGCUGCUCACGCUGCAGCCAGAAGAAGUGGCCCGAGCUGCUGCUGCCGCCACACAUCGACACCCACAAAACCUCCAGCCCCCCUGCCAGCACCCCCCUGCCCAGGGAGUGCACCAUCCUCUCCGUGGGCAGGUUCCAGGUGGCUCAGAUCCCGGAGCAGAAGGGAGUGUCUGUGGAGACGACCCCAGUGGAGUCCAGUGACACGGACUCUGUGGACACGUCUCACACGGGCCCGGCGGACAAGAAGUCCCUGCUGGGCCUGUCCUCUGCCUCAGCGCUCUCCAGGAGCAGACAGGAGGAGCCGAGGCUGAUCGUUAGGCUUGGGGAGAGCAGUGUGGCUCUGUGACAGGUGCAUGUGUAAAAGGAAGAGCACAUGAACUGGGUGAAGACUGUGACAUCAUCAGCAGGUGCCAGGCGAUGAACAGAGCGUGGGUCAGACUGCCUUUGAAGAAGAGAGGGGAGGUUGACCCCCAUGGGGAUUCAGUCUAAAGAAUUGUGUAUUUAUUACAUAAAUAAUUUACUAUCCUAUCUCGGUUUUUAAAGAAGCAAUACAACUCUGUUUCUAGAAGCAGACAAGGAAGAAGGAAAGAAAGUAUUUUUUUGUCUCUAUAACUGUGCUUCCGUAUGACUCACCUGAGCUGGUUGAAGUCAAGCCAUGCAGUGCACAUUGACAUUAUGAGGGCAUGAUGUACAAACUGACAGUAGCACACACACACACACACACACACACACACACAUUGAUACAUAUCAUCACUGACCAACCUACUGCCCACAACACACAACUCUACAUUAAGAGCAUGGACCUAAUAUAGAUCUACAUAAACUCCUCAGACAGGAACAUGUUAACACCAAGUAUUCCAUGAGAAACCUAAACAAGUAAGUUGGUUGACUCCUCAGUCUAUAGACAUAUACAGUACAGAGAUCCCUCUGAUACCACCAAACACAAUCCUCAACAUCAACGUCUAGGUUUCCUCUCACUCAAUGACAUCCAUACUGAUACAAACAAGCCAACAUUUACUGUCAUCAAUGCAACUUAGAUUUUAGCUAUUAACCCUUUGGAAUGGCUUUCAGUGCUAGAGGGCUGCUUUAAUUUUGUUUUCAAUUUUGCAUCAGAAUUACUGAUUUUGAUGCCCAAGCACUUAUUUGAAUGAUUGUAUAUAUGUAUAAGAGGGUGCAAAUGGAGAGGCUAAAUGUAUACUAUUUCACCAGCUAGCGGUGCGGUAGAGUAAGUGAGCUAACAGGGUGACUUAAGCGUGGCAUUACUUUUGCUGUGCCUCUUUCCCCAUUUAGUUUCAAUUCAGAUGUAUUUCCAUAGCGAUGGAAUGCAUUUGUAUCCUUAGCUUUGUUCUGAGGCCCAGGACGUCCUUUUUCCUGGAAGUGCGCUCACACACAUCCCGCGCUAUAAGAGCGCUUCCUUAUCCGAACUGAACUGAGUCAGAUGCCAUUUCCCCGUUUGCUCAGGGUUCUUUAUAGUCUCCCGUGUCGUUCCCGAAGACUCACUGUCUCGCUCCUCCCAAACAAGACACCUUCACAUUCCCACUACAACAUUUCUGAGAAGUAGGCUAUUACAAACACUCGGCAGGGAGCUACGAUACCGGUCAUGUAGCAGAUACAUGCUGCUCAUCUGAGCCAAUAGGUGAGAAGGCCCCUGCCACUGUUCCUGCUGGGAAUGUUUCUAACAUCACAUUGAGGAUGUGUGAAGUCUCACACCUCACCCCCUGAUUUCUUUUAUGGGAAAAUAAAGGGAAGCAUUACCGCUGUGCACCUAGCCACUGCAUUUGACUCUGUAGUUGCCCCACAACUGAACUCACUUUCCCCCAACCCAUAGUUGGGGUUCAGACUGGAAAAGCUGAGAUAGCCAAGACCUCCGCCCCACCCCUAAAGGGUAUUCCAAAUACAGUGUUUAUCGACAAGUUAACUCGGAGUAAGUGGUAAACCUUGUAAUAGAAGAGCCAUAUGGUUUCAUUCUCCUAGCAAAACAUAGGGCUUUUCUUUUAGGAAGUUUACGACUGAGUUAAUUUGCCCAGGUUUGUCACUACACCACGUACUUGGAAUGACCCCUGCAGUCUGCGCUUCUGUUUUGUUUAUCAGGCAACCCAUAGGAGGCUUGAUCUCAGAGAUCCUUGGUGAAGCUGGAGUUUUCCCUUCACAAGGCUUCUUUUCCUCAAGUAAUAAUUGGGUUGGAAUGAGACAAGAAAUACAUCAAGGGAGAAAAAAAACAUCUGCAGCACUGUGAUCGUAGGCUAUAGGAGUCUGUCACCGAACCUACCUCCUUUUGAAUGAUUAAGCGUAGGAGUGAUUUCUGAGACACAUAUUUUAUUUGUUUUGUAAUUUCUGCAUGACAAGACGUAUCCCCAUCCUCCUGAUGGGGCGCCCCAUCAGUGUGAGCUUAAUCUGGGUGUGAAUGGUCAGCUGUAGCCAUCUCAACUGUAAGGUAGUCAGUUACCGACACUAAAGAGAUAGCACAGUGUUCUCUUCGCUUUCCAAACACCCACAGACACUCAGCAUCACACACAAGGGGCACGACAAGGGGCACAACCAUUUCCAUGAUAUAGGCUAUUACUUUAUUCCUGGUACAUUUGGGGGUGUCUUCACCUUGAUAACAUACAAUCAUUGCUGAAACAUCAAAUGUGAAAAUCAUGACUUUGAUAGGGAUUGUGUUCAGUGAAUUUGAAUGGUAUUUGACUUUGAUCAAACGAAGACCGACCAUUUCAUUUCAUUCCUCUCAAUAAUGUUUAAGUAUUUUUAUUAGUAUUAUUAUUUAAACUGAGAAAAGAGUUGGGAGGAAUGGCUACGUUAGGGUAGCUUUUGUUUUGUUAUUAACGUUUACAAGCACAUUUUAUAGGGUGGAAUUUUGUAUUUUGUAAUUUCUGAUUUUGUUUUGUUUUUUAUUUUGCAUUCAGUUCUAGAAGGUUCUUGAUCAGAUCCUAUUUAUUGUUUGGACACCUUCAUGUCUCAUCUCAUAUGUGUUACGUAUUUUCAUCUCAAACCAAUGUGGUGAGAAAUCAAAACAGGAAAUUAUCACUCAAUAAUUGUAGGUUUUAUUUAUUACAUUACGAUAUUCCAUAUUCAUGACAUUUGUACUCUUUAAAUAAAGAAACAAUAUAUUGCAA